AUGGCUAUAAAGGACCGCUCUGUAAUGGUUGUUGACACACCUGGCUUCGAUGACACAUGUACCGAGGACGUGCAGGUGUUAAGAAAGAUUGCAACCUGGUUAAAGAAAUCGUAUGAAGAGAGGAAGACAGUUGCUGGUGUUCUUUAUCUUCAUGAUAUUUCCCAGGACCGCUUCACCGGCAGCGUUCGAAAAAACCUUGAGCUAUUUAGGCGUCUAUGUGGUAGAGAAGCAUUCUCACAGGUGGUUAUCGUUAUGACCAAGGGAGAAAAGCUCCAUCCUCAAAUUGCCAGCAAAUACGAGUAUGAACUAAGAUCGGAACACUGGAGAGACCUCAUUGACGCCGGGGCUACAGUUCUGGGUUUCAAGCGAAAUUAUCGAUCUGCUCGAUCAAUAAUCGACCACGUCCUUCGAGGCUUAACAAGGAAGUUCAUUCUCCAACUUCAAAAAGAGUUGGUGAUACAGAAAAAACUCCUUCCGGCUACAGAAGCCGGAAAGCAUUUGAAGACGACUCUUCAGCAGGUUCUUGCGCUACAGUCAACCGUACUGGACAUGACAUGCGCCAUGGCUACAACUGAGGAAGAAAAUGCAGGCGAGCUCGAAGAGAGGUUGCGAGAGCUUCGCGAUGAGAUGAAAAUUCUUUCUGAACAGAUCACUACUUUGCGGGAUGGGAGCGUACCAUAUUCUAAUACAUUCUUCUGCUGUACUCGAAACUUGCUGCAUAAUUAA